AUGGUGGCCAGUUACAAUCAAAACCCAUUCCAUUCUCCGGAGAUUAUGUCAAACUAUCGGGAAAUCGAUUGGAGAACUUUACCGAUGUUAUGCAACAGUCAUUUCCCGACACAAGCAGAUGUUGGCAGCAUUUGCAUGACUAUAAUCAUGUACGACUUGCCGUUCCUGACCACACGCAACAUGAUCCAUGCAACAACGACGGCGUAUGCGUCGGACAGCUCCAGUGCGACAACAGAAAAUUCGGUCGGAUUUCAAACUCUGGAUAACAAUGGACAGCAAAAUGUUUACAGCACACAUGAACUGACAGCGGCGGCAACGGCCGCUGCACUAACCACCGCCAGUCGAGGAUCCAUAUCGUCUACGGUGGCCCCAAAGAUUCAGCGGAAACGGGGUAGCUCCGGAAAGAAAAGCGUCAUCGUCAGUCAAUCCACCGAUAAUGUGAAUAAUUCCCGUGAAUCCCUUUCCCAUGAGGGCAGCGAACCGGUUGUCUACGUAUCCGAUACGGCCGGGUACAUUCCGUUGACGGCCAUACAGGCAAACCAUCCCCGGGUACCGUCAGCAUACGGUAGUGAUAUUGAUUCGUCCUGGCGUCCAGAUCCUUGGGAUCGAGAUUACAAUCGACGCUAUCGGUUCAACAACACACGAGUGCAACAUAUCGAGGCAGAGUGUCAGGAUGACUAUAUGAAAAUACGCAUCGGUUUCAAUGGUUCAUUCAAUGGGCUUCUCUAUUCGUCAGGCUACGCAUAUGAUCCGGAUUGCAUGUACAUCAAUGGAUCAGGUCGCGACUACUACGAGUUUUUGAUUCAACUGAACCGAUGUGGAACACUGGGAAAAAACGCCAAUGGCGAUGACAGUCGCAAAAAUCCAACGAAAAAUUUCAUGUGGAAUACCGUAACAGUGCAGUACAACCCACUCAUCGAAGAAGAAUUCGAUGAACACUUCAAGGUGACUUGCGAGUACGGGUACGACUUUUGGAAAACCGUAACAUUUCCGUUUCUUGACGUUGAAGUCGCUACCGGGAAUCCCGUAGUGUUUACAUUGAGUCCACCGGAGUGCUACAUGGAAAUCCGAAACGGAUACGGAACAAGCGGAGCCCGAGUUACAGGUCCGGUUCGGGUAGGCGAUCCCUUAACGCUGAUAAUCUACAUGAGAAGCAAGUACGACGGGUUCGAUCUGGUAGUAAAUGAUUGCUUUGCUCACAAUGGAGCAAACAAACGGAUACAACUGAUUGAUGAAUAUGGAUGCCCCGUGGACGACAAACUAAUUUCCCGCUUUCGGGGCAGCUGGACGGAUGGGAGUCUAUACGAAACACAGAUCUACGCUUAUAUGAAAACAUUUCGAUUCACAGGUUCUCCCGCUCUCUACAUCGAGUGUGACGUUCGAAUGUGUCACGGGCGGUGUCCAAGCCAACCCUGUCAUUGGAGAAAUCUGAAAGGAAUCUCCAAACGAGAAACGCAACCAGAAACCAACUCUACGCUGUCGGAUAAUAUAAGCUUAUUUCAGUCGCUUCGAGUGCUCCAGGAGGAAGAUGACGAACAGAAGGAGAAAAAAGAUGCUACUACUGCUGCUAAACCACAAGAUAUGACCGAAACAUGCGUGAAGACAUCGAUACUGUCUGCCGUGCUGGCAACGUGCUGCAUUGUAUUAUGUAUCCUUUCCGGUGCUUUGCUGGUCGCGUGUGCCAAACUGAGGUAUCGGAAAAAGGAUGAAGCCUUCUUCAAUGCUUACGUAGGACACAAAGCCCAGCUUGAUUGA